AUGCAGCUUGUUAGACUCUGUCUACUGAUCAUAAACGGGCUACUUCUCCUCACAAUCAGGGUCUCAGUGGCAGCAGAUUGUACUGAAAGCAGCAGCUGCUCAUCAAAAUAUAUUGCAUGGAACAUCAACGUGGACCAAAAUGGCGGAGGUGAUUUCAAGACGGUCCAGGAUGCUAUCGACUCGGUUCCAUCGAACAACAACCAGUGGAUCAAGAUCUCGAUCAAUCCUGGAACAUACAUGGAGAUGGUUGAAAUCCCGCGUGACAAGCCGUGUAUUUUCCUCGAUGGCAUGGGUAAGGAUAUCACAACGAUCACAUAUGAUGGACACAAUCGGACAGACAUAAGCGCGACGUUCACUUCAUGGCCAGACAAUGUGGUCGUUCGGGGCAUCACUUUUAAGAACUCGUAUAAUCGAUACUGGACUCUUCAGGAAGAAUUCCGAGUAACGCAGGCAGUGGCGGCAAGAAUUUACGGCGAUAAAUCACUCUUCUACGGAUGUGGCUUUUUGGGCGUGGAAGAUACGUUGUGGGACGUCAAAGGCCGUCACUAUUACAAAUCCUGCUACAUCGAAGGUGCCGUCGAUUUCAUUUUUGGAAACGGCCAAUCCUACUUUAAGGAUUGUUCGAUGAAUGCUACGGUGGGGAUGCCGCCAUACUAUCUAAGGAGGGGAUACGUGACCGCACAGGGACGGCAGUCGGCGAGUGAUCCGGGUGGGUUCAUCUUUGAUGGUGGAGUGCUGUACGGAAACGGGGGGGUGUGUCUAGGGAGGGCUUACGGACCAUAUUCCCGAGUCAUAUUCAUCGGAACUUGUCUUGAGGCCUCGAUUUGCUCACGUGGGUGGGAUGCUUGGAGGCUUCAUGGGAAGGAGAGCAAUUUCACAUACAGUGAGGUGGACUGCACAGGAAGUGGAUCAGACAAAUCAAAGAGGGUACCAUGGGAGAAGAACCUCGACCGAUUGCAGGUCGAAGAACAGUUCUCUUUAUCUGCAUUCAUCAACCAAGAUGGCUGGCUAAACCAGCUGCCGUCGAAUCGGAUAACAUCGGGCUCCCUGUUCUUGGGCUUGAUUUAUGCCUGA